ACGGAGGCGGACGGUGGACACUGGACAAGUCUGUGUGGACUGUGGAUGUGCGGGUAAAGGACAGGUCUGUGUGGACUGUGGACGUCCGGGUGGACUGUGGAUGAGCUGGUGGACAGCUCCGCCACGAUACGGAGGCGGACGGUGGACACUGGACAGGUCUGUGUAGACUGUGGGUGGAUGCGCGGUUGGACAGGUCUGUGUGGGCUGUGGAUGUACUGAUGGACAGCUCCGUCACGAUGCACCGGUGAGUAGGUGUGAUGGCGAUCAGUGCGGCCGCGUGGGCAGUCGGUCACAGGGGCGCCGGCGGAGCUCUACAUAAGGAGGCGCCGCCGCCGGCCGGCAGCCCACUCGGCACCGGUGGACGGCGCACCAACCACCCUCCUGCUGCCGGCCGCCGGACCAGCGGGCACCUCCCACCAGACGGCGCUCUCGCCCCGCCGCCCGCCGCCCGCCGCCCGCCGCCCGCCGCCCGCGCCGCCGACGAUGCGGCUGCCGCUGCUCGCGCUCCUGGCCCUGCUGAGUGUGCUCUCGCUGGCGGCCUGGGGUGCCGCCUGGCCGCGCACCUCGCUGGCCACCGAGCUGCGCCACCGGCUGGAUACCCGCGGCUCGUUCAUGCGGCUCGGCCGCGGCGAUGACGGGCUCGGUGAGCCGGAGUCCGUCGAUGAGCAGCGCGCCGAGUCGGAGCCCGAGUCGGCCGACCCACUCGGUGACUCUGAGUCGGCGCUGGACGACGCCGAGCGGCGGGAGUUCGCCAGGCUGACCCGGCCCAGCUUCGUCCGGCUGGGCCGCAUGUGGCUGCCGCGCGGCAGCCGCGCCAGCAGCAUACGACUCGGCCGGCGCUCGGGAGAUACAAACUUCCCCACCAGCUACAAACGCUACCGCAUCAGGUUGAAGAGGUCCGUCUAAGCGUCUCCCGGGCAGGCAGCCGCCAGGCGCGGAACAGGGGAAUGCAAUGCAGAAGACAUCAUCCGGUCAGAAUGAUUAAAAUAAUGAAAUCAAUAUUAACAACAGCAGCAGACUUUGGGCGAGGCGAGUGGCUCUGAAUGAUUAUCGACCAGCGUCGAAUGCACGCAAUCUCUCUCGAUGCCUCGGGAGGUGAUGCUACUCGCUGUAUCAGGAGGUGAUACUUUGCAUCGGGAGGUCAUACCCUCUGUAUCAGGAGGUGAUACCGCAGCGCCCGACAUACAUGGUCUGGAGGCGUGUGACAGGGAUCGAGAAUGGCUGGCGCUCCCUGUCACAUGCUCACAAGGCGACAGCUGACUAACCCGGCCCGAAGGGCUCCACACCGAUAGCUUCAUCAGAAAUGACCGACUUAGUUAUCCCCACUGACUUAAGUAAAGCUAUACUGUGCUGAUUGUUCAAUCAUGAAGCUAUAGUAAUCGCUACUGAUUCCACGUGUGAGCUCUCGCUCGAAAUCUCGAAUCUGGGGAUCGUAUUGCUGUUCAGUUUUUGUUGGUGAAUAUGACUAUGGUAAUGAACAUUCAAAAGGAUUACAAUGGCCCAUUGAAGCGUUAUUGGAUAAAGUUAGAAUAUCAACAAUGUCCCAAUGCUCGCCUGCAGUGUUCCAUGGUCGUUCUUACGUUUGAUCGUAGCGGUAACAUGGUUUCAGUGUCCUUACAGGGCAGGUGCCCUUGCAUUAUAUAUUCGUCCAUAUGUGACUGCACCCAUAAGUGGGCCAUGAGUCUUUGGUUACUUUUAUGCUAACAAAGAAUAAAGGUGGGACAUGCCGAUGACAGAAAUGCAACGUUUAGGACGAAUAGCUGAUGAAAAUUAUGUGUUUAUCAUGCCUAAGAAUGCAUCAGACUAAAAGGAUCGAUGCUAAUAUAUGAAUGUUGCAUUAAUUUUGCGAAAAUACGCUGCGAGUUGCGUGCAAUGCGUGCGACUGUAUCACACAGUGGUGAUGUUUCGUCGGUGUUAUUUCGCUAUGCGGAGUACAGCAUUACGCUAAUGUCUGUUGAUAAAAGGGAGGCGUCCCUUCUGAAAACUAAGAGCGAAAUAUGGUGUUAAAUUCUCUGACUAAGGCAGGCAAAAUGUAUGUGCACUACCCAGACCCAGCUAUGCCCUUUCCAACGCCGUGCCUUCGCCAGAAGAAAUCGGAGUCCAAACUUUGCCAAAAUGCCACCUUACCAUCACACUGUAACUUCACCGUAUGCAACUGAGGUGACUAGUUACCUUUUAUUUUUCUAUGACUGUGAUUGUUUUGGCGUGUAUUAUUUUCUUAUUUCGUGGAUAGGGGCUUGUAAAUAUCUGAUAUGUACCGCAAACCCUGAUGCUGUGUAAUUGUUGCACAAAUAAUAAUAUGCUGUUAUUUAGUAUCCAUAAGGAGGAGGUGCAUUUGCAAUAUACGUUAUCCGGAG